GCUGCCGGCGCUGCCGGUGCCGGUGCCGGUCCGGUCCGGCGGGCCCGGGGCCGCGUGCGGGCGGGGCGGGGGCGGCGCUGCCGGCCCGGCCCGGGGCGGGGGGGCCGGACGGGACGGUGACGGUCCCCGGCGCGGCGGGCCCGGCGCGGCCGCUGGCGGAGCAUGAAGGAGCCAUGAGCCCGCUGCGGGGGUGGCUGCUGGCCGCGCUGCUCUCGCUCGCCCCGCGGGCAGGUCCUGCCACGCAGGCCGGAGCGCUGCCGCGGAGGCUCCCGCGGGCCGCAUGGCAGGAAGGGAGGGUGCUCUCCCAAAUCACCCACCCCAGCAGGCUGGUGGGGCAGAGCUCGGGCGGAGAAGUCCCAAAGCAUCAGUUGGACACCAGGGUCAGGCAUGAGCCCGGAGGAGGAGGAGGAGGAGGACCCGGGCUGCACCUGGCACAGGUGAGCUUCAUGGUGCGUGCCUUCGGCUCAGCCUUCACCCUCGAUCUCCGGCUGAACCACCACCUCCUCGCCUCCCACUACGUGGAGCGGCACGUCGGCGCGGGCAGCAACGGCAGCCACAGCACGGGCGCGGGGGAGCACUGCUACUACCAGGGCCGGAUCCGGGGGCAGCCCCUGUCCUUCGCCGCUCUCUCCAGCUGCCAGGGCCUGCGCGGGGUCUUCUCGGACGGCCGAGCCACGUACCUGAUCGAGCCCCAGGCGGGCGCCGAGCACGGGCAGGGUCUUCGACCACACAUCGUGCAGCGCAUCCCCAGCUGCCCCCGACUGGGCUGCCUCUUCCCUGCGCUGAGCCAGCGUGUCCCGGGUGGGAUUCCAAAGCUGCGGCGGCGGCGGCAGGUCCGCCGAGCCCAGCACACGGUGCACAGCGAGACCAAGUACAUCGAGCUGGCCGUGGUGAACGACCAUCAGCUGUUCCUGCAGCUCCGCAAGUCCGUAGUUCUCACCAGCAACUUCGCCAAGUCCGUGGUCAACCUGGCUGACAUGAUCUACAAGGAGCAGCUCAACACCCGCAUCGUGCUGGUGGCCAUGGAGACGUGGGCGGCCGAGGACCGGAUCCGGAUGGGGCAAGACUCCCUGGAGAUCCUGAACGAGUUCGUCAAGUACCGGCGCGAGGGGCUGGCGGAGCACAGCGACACCGUCCACCUCUUCUCGGGUCGGACGUUUCAGAGCAGCCGCAGCGGCACCGCCUUUGUCGGGGGCAUCUGCUCCCCUGCCCGCGCCGGCGGCGUCAACGAGUACGGCAACGUGGCGGCCAUGGCGGUGACGCUGGCGCAGACGCUGGGGCAGAACGUGGGCAUGAUGUGGAACAAGCACCGCACGGCCGCAGGGGACUGCCGCUGUCCGGACUCGUGGCUGGGCUGUAUCAUGGAGGACACGGGGUACUACCUCCCACGGAAGUUCUCCCGCUGCAGCAUCGAUGAGUACAACCAGUUCCUGCAGGACGGCGGCGGCAGCUGCCUCUUCAACAAACCCCUCAAGCUCCUGGACCCCCCGGAGUGCGGCAAUGGCUUCGUGGAGGCGGGCGAGGAGUGCGACUGCGGCUCGCUGGCGGAGUGCGCGAGGAGCGGGGGAAACUGCUGCAAGAAAUGCACCCUGACCCACGACGCCAUGUGCAGCGAUGGGCUCUGCUGCAAGGGCUGCAAGUACGAGCCACGUGGAGUGUCCUGCCGGGAGGCUGUGAACGAGUGCGACAUCCCCGAGACCUGCACCGGGGACUCCAGCCAGUGUCCCCCCAACCUCCACAAGCUGGAUGGAUACUUCUGUGAGAACGAGCAGGGACGGUGCUACGGCGGGCGCUGCAAAACUCGGGACCGUCAGUGCAACGCGCUGUGGGGCCGCAGCUCGGCCGAGCGCUUCUGCUACGAGAAGCUGAACGUGGAGGGGACGGAGCGGGGGAACUGCGGGCGCGAGGGCCUGGGCUGGCUGCAGUGCAACAAGCAGGACGUCCUCUGCGGCUUCCUGCUCUGCGCCAACAUCUCGGGCUCGCCGCGGCUGGGGGAGCUCAGCGGGGAGAUCGCCACCACCACCUUCUACCACCAGAACCGCUACGUGGACUGCAGGGGCGGCCACGUGCAGCUGGUGGACGGCUCGGACCUGAGCUACGUGGAGGACGGGACGCCCUGCGGGCCCGGAAUGCUCUGUCUCGACCGCAAAUGCCUUCCAGCCACCGCCUUUAACUUCAGCUCCUGCCCCGGCAGCUGGGACGGGAAGAUCUGCUUCGACCACGGGGUUUGCAGCAACGAGGGGAAGUGCAUCUGCCGGGCGGAGUGGACGGGGAAGGACUGCAGCGUCUACGACCCCAUCCCGGAGCCGAAGCCGACGGGGGAGACGGAGCGAUACAAGGGUCCCAGUGGCACCAAUAUCAUUAUCGGCUCCAUCGCGGGGGCCGUGCUGGUGGCUGCCAUCGUCCUAGGGGGGACAGGCUGGGGAUUUAAGAACAUCCGCCGAGGAAGGUACGACCCGGCGCAGCAGGGAGUGUAACCGUGUCCCCCCCAUCGUCUCGUCACCGUCCCUGUCACCGUCACCGUCCGGCAGCCUGACGGCGUGGGAGCCCCCGGGCCCGUCUGUCCGUGUGCUGUGUGUCCGGCCGUGCUGUCUCCAUCUCUGUGCCCCCACGGCUGAAGGGGAGCAGCGGCUGGGGGGGGGCCUGGCAGCAGCUCCCCCCCCGGUGCUGGCUCAUUUCAGCUCAGUGUCCCCCCCAUGUGUCACCCCCCUGUCACAGCCCCCCACUAAACGCACCCCACUUCUGUGUUGCAGGUCCGGGGGGGCCUGAGCGGGGCCGCUCUGCCCCACCCCCCCAGCGCCUCAUUAACAGCAAUUAACUGGGGCGGCGCUGCCGAGGGUCCGGCCCAGGAGGAGAGCGGGGAGGGGGCACCCGGGGCCGCCCCCCGGCCCCCCCUGCACCGCCACGAAUGUACGGGGAGCCCCGGCCCCCCCGGCAGGCGGCCCUGGAGGAAUGAAUGUACCCGCGGGGCCAGCGGGAGCCCCGGCCCACAUCCCCCUGCCCUCCAGCAGCAUCUUCCAGCCGGGGCCUGGCACCCCAAAAGGCCGGCCAGUGUCCCCAGGACGAGGCCAGUAACCCCCAGUCCCCGGCCAGUGCCCUUCCCCAGUUUGGGGUCUGGAGUGUGUCCCCCCUGCCCAGCGCCCGGGCUGGGUCCCACGGGGGCCAAGCCCUGCACCCCCAGAUGUGCCUCCCCGCCCCCCAAAGCAGCUCAGCAGCCCCGUGUGGGGUUUGUCCCCCUCAAAUUCUCCCCCCAUUCCCCAAGCCAUGGGACCCUGAAGUCCCCAGUGGUGGGACAGGCACCCACGGGUGACAGCUCUGCCUCAAGGCUUCCUCCACUUCCCCAGCUCAGGCAGGUGAACCCCAAACUGGUGACACUGGGGUGAGUGGGGACAGAAGGGCCCCCCGGGGGGCCAGGGUACACGGUGAGCCCUGGGCUGGGGACACAGGGCAGCUUGCUGGGUGGCACUUGUCCCCCCAGCCCCAGGGCAGGCUUGUGGCACCCAUUCCCCCAGACUGGCUGUCCCCCACCCCCAUGGCAGGUCGGGGGGAGGCCUCACCCUCUCCCUGUGGCACGUGGCACACGUCACCCUGCAUGGGGUGGCCCUGUAGAGCCACCCAAAGCACAGCACCACGGAGCACUGGGGGCCACACUGGCCCCUUUAACCACUGGUGACCCUCGGCAUGGAGGGGACAUCCCUGGUGACACUCGGUGACACAACCCGCUGUGUGUGUGUAUGUGUGGGGGCACUCCUGGGGACACCCAGCACGGGGACAAUGGGGGACGAUACCCACUGUCCACGGCAGUGUGGGGGUGUCCCCCUCCGUGUCCCCUCCUUUCCCAGUGUCCCUGCCACCUCUGGGUCCCUUCCCCAUGGACACAGAGAGUGACCAAGGGUGUCCCCAAGCCCAGCCAUGUGGUGGCGCCCGGCCUGGUGUGACAGCCCCACUGGACACCCACGGGUGCUGUGGCUGUGGUGGCACCCCAGGGGACAGGGUGGGAGGUGACAGCAGAACGGGCGUGGCCAGAUGUCCCCUGGCCAGAUGUCCCCUCUGGGCUGGGACACCUGGGGACCGGGGAGCACCGUGGGCAUCAGGGGUCUGGGAUCAACCCCUAUCUCUAUCACUGUCACCAGAGUGUCCCCACAGCUGCCACAGCCACAGUGCCGGGGUGCUCCCUGCGGCGAGGGGACACCUCCGGUUCAGAGCAAGAAGCCACCGUUGUCAUUGGGUUUGGGGACAUUAAUAUAUAUAUAUAUAUAUAUAUAUAAAUACCGGGAUUUUCUUAAUGAUUUUAACGCUGUCGGGGCGGGAGACCCGCGGGGGGGCACCCGGUGCUUCCAGAGCCAAGAGAGCAAAGCCCCCCCCGGCCCCCGCGGCUGCCACGGGCCCGGCCCGGCCCGGGUUCGGGCUCAGCGCGGCGGGGCCGCCUCCCCCGCCGCCGCCCCGCCGCCGCCCCGCACCGCCCGCUCCGCUCCCGCCGGCCCCGAGCCCCCGCUUUGCACGCGCUGGGAGCCGCCGCUCCGGGCCCGGCCCUGGCUCCGGCCUCGGCCGACUCCUGCAGUGCCGCAGAAUUUAUUUACAAUAAAGAUUUGGAAAACGA